AUGAACGCAGAAGAAAUUUUCGAAAUUGUUGAAAUUGUUCGAGGUUUUUGGAGAACGUCUGGUAUAUUGUUUAUGGUUCGUUGUACUUUAAUCAAAGAUAUAAUUAAUUAGAUGUUUUUUUAGACAGUUCAGUUCAAAUAUAUCACUGAACAAGAUGAUCAUGAAGAUCGUUUGUAUAGAUAUAUUGGCGAUUUUGAUAGAUCACAUCAAACGUUGCUCACAAUAAAUGUGAGUUUGAACAUGUUGAGAUGAAAUUAUAUUUAAAAACAAAAACAAAAAUAGAAAAUUAAAUCUGUAAAAUUUGAAAACAAUUCUUAUUUUAAUGUUAGAUGGAAUGGUGUUUUGUUCUAACCUGCUAGAUUCAAAAAAUUGUCCAUCUAAUUCCCCCAUGUAAAUAGAUUAAUUUGGAUUUUUUCUAUUUGAAAUCCAAAAUAAUAUGAUUGUGUAGGACAGAACAAUGAUAAUAUUAAAAAAAGUAUUCAUAUGAGUAUAAUAUUUCAUGAAAACUUUCAAAAAAAUCAAGCUUACCGCAAAAGGUAGUGUUUUCUAAUAUAAUGAAACCCCAGGGAAGUUUCAUUCUAAACAUUUGAAAGAAAUGCUCCCUCAAGUAGAUAAAACAAAUGGCUUUACUUUAAAAUUUACAUAAGCAUUCAUAAGUUAGAAAAACACUUUUUUCCAGCAGCAACUUUUCCGCCUUGGACGUGUUGCAAGAAGAUACAGCACCGAUCUGGAAAUUAUGGAUGUUCUUGAACAACUCGAAGAGGCUGUCCAGAAUGUUUUGCGCCCCAUUCAGGUUUUUUCAAUAAAAAUCACCCUUCUUUCAUUAUUAUUAUUUUUUCAGAGAAUCCUUCACAUCGUCACCAAUGGAGAAAUUUAG